AGUUGAAAUGCACCAUUAUGAAACAGGAAGCCAGUGAUUUGUUCGCCCUGGACCAACCGACCGACACCGACCACACGCAGCCGUUUCGCCCCAGCGCAGAUGUUUCGAUCGGUGCUGUGAACUUUUCCUGUAUCUUCCCACCCGGGAGUAGACCGGAGGACGCGCUGAAUGCUGGGACUCUGCGGGAGCGGGCACAUCGCACAACGCCAUCUUUAAACCCCACAAGAGGCGAGCGUCGGUCGUACACCGGGAUGCAGAACACCGUCGCUACAGCGGGAUAUAUAAGUUGCGAUCUCGGGCACCGUGUGAUCGUCGCCCGGUGAAGGGAGCAGCGAGGAGCCGUGCGGCGGGACUGCGAAGGGACGGCCACGGGGGCACCGCGGCAGCGCCGACGUGUUGUUGUGAUAGGCAGACAACAACAAUAGACGGAAAGACAACAACAACGGACUGACUCGCUAGCUCGCCCGUUAGCUAGCUCGCCCGCUAGCUAGCUAGCUAGCAUCUCUCACCAGAGCACUGCGCCGUUCGCGAAUGCUACAUGGAAGCUAGCGGCUAGCGUUAGCUCCUCCGUACGCGAAUCUGCCCGGCGGCGCUGAGAUCGGACCGGACGGUGUUCACAGCUGACGCCGGGGAUCCAACCACAUACCCCCCCCCCCCCCACACACACACACACACACCUCCGGGACACGCCGCCCGCACACUCGCCACCGAACAGCCGAGUUCGCCCUGCUCAUUUUUUUUUGUUGCGUUGUGGCUCCAGCUCGCUAACGGCUACGUCCCGACUUCUCCCCCUCCCCAGCGGCCCGGCCGGAGAUGCACGGAAGAUGUCGGUGUCGGGGCUGAAGGCCGAGCUGAAGUUUUUGGAGUCCAUUUUCGAUCCGAACCACGAGCGCUUCAGGAUCAUCGACUGGAAGCCCGACGAGCUGAGCUGCCAGUUCAACGUGACCGGGGAGAAGCUGCUGAUCAUCCACUGCAACAUCACGGAAUCCUACCCGUCCACGCCACCGAUAUGGUUCGUGGACUCUGACGACCCGAGCUUGGCGCAGGUCCUGGAGCGGCUGGAGGAUGUGAGGAGAGGCAGCACCCUGCUUCUGCAGCAGCUGAAGAAACUCAUUUGUGACCUUUGUCGGCUGUACAACCUCCCCCAGCAUCCUGAUGUGGAGAUGCUGGACCAGCCCCUGCCCGCAGGCCCUGUGGGACAAGACCGAAAGCAUGGGACAGAAGAGGUCACUUCCGAAGAAGAGGAGGAGGAGGAGAUGGGAGAGGACAUCGAGGAUCUGGACCACUAUGAAAUGAAAGAGGAGGAGCCCGUGGACGGGAAAAAAUCUGAGGACGAUGGCAUCGAGAAGGAGAAUCUAGCCAUCCUGGAGAAGAUCAGAAAGAACCAGAGGCAGGACCACUUGAAUGGAGCCGUGUCUGGUUCAGUGCAAGCAUCCGACCGCCUGAUGAAGGAGCUCAGAGAGAUCUACAGGUCUCAGAGUUACAAGACAGGCAUCUACUCCGUUGAGCUUGUUAAUGACAGUCUGUAUGAAUGGCACGUCAAGCUAAGGACGGUGGAUCCCGAUAGCCCAUUACACAGUGAUUUACAAGUGCUGAAGGAAAAGGAAGGGAUGGAUUACAUUUUACUAAACUUCUCAUAUAAAGAUAAUUUCCCAUUUGAUCCACCCUUUGUCCGGGUAGUUUCGCCUGUGCUUUCUGGAGGUUAUGUUCUUGGAGGAGGUGCCCUGUGCAUGGAACUUCUCACCAAACAGGGUUGGAGCAGUGCCUAUUCCAUUGAGUCUGUCAUCAUGCAGAUCAAUGCCACUUUAGUCAAAGGAAAAGCCAGAGUGCAGUUUGGAGCCAAUAAAAACCAGUACAAUCUUGCCAGAGCACAGCAGUCCUACAAAUCCCUCGUCCAGAUCCACGAAAAGAACGGCUGGUACACACCCCCUAAGGAGGAUGGCUAAAACAGACUGUUGCCUUUCCUGCACUGGGACCACAUGUCUUAGAUAUUAUUUUCUUUUCUUUUUCUUGCGACCAAUAUGUUAUUGUUUUUUUAAAUCCUGCACACCAGUUUGUUCUCUACAUGAGAAUUGGAACUCCAAACCAAAUCCCUAAUUCAGUGACCACACACACACACACACACACACACACACACACACACACACACACACACACACACACACACACACACACACACGCACACAUCAUCUCCCCGCAAUGAUGUCCUCUCCCCAGAUAUUUAUCUCUCUGUGCAUCUGUCGUCCGAUACAAUCUUCAUUUUUUUCCAUUGCGAUGCUCGUUUUGUGCUCCAGGAAAACGCCCAGACGCACAAUUUUUGGUUUUGGCGUCGAGCAUGCUGAGGUUACUUGUUGGCUGCGGGGUUGAAAGGUGGGGCAUGGCUUUAUCCUCCAGCAGUGGCAGUCUGACGCUCCGGUCGCAGGACAGUGCCUCUCUGGCCACAGACUGGAUCCGAGAAUGGCAUGUGACGGACAUUUUCCCUGAUAUGACGCCGCGGUGGCUGGGAAGGACACUCAAUUGUCGCAGGUGGGAAGAACCGCCGCCACCUUUCCUCUCCACGGACGGGCUGCUGUAAUAUUGUGCUCAUAUAUUAUCUUUGUAAUGCCAAGACCCCUCCUCUGGAAUAACAUGCUUCUGAGGCCAGCUUGCUUUUCAAACCUCUUAUCUUUUAAAGCUUGAAGCCUUGAGGUGGGGAGGGUGGGGGCAAGGGGGGGGGGGGGGGGGGGGGGGGGGGGGUACGAAAAGACUUUUGCAGCCUGAUGUGGGACAGGCCAUAAUGAAGAACAGCAUCCCGCUGAGCUCUAAAGUUGACGACCACUGUCAUCAUUAUAACCAGCAGCUAGACCCACUCCCUGCAGGAGGGAUUUCAUGCGUGGCUGAGAGAGAGAGAGAGAGAGAGAGAGAGAGACGAGCAGGCAGGGCAGGGUUGUGUUUGGAUUGGAUCACACUGUAAUGUAGUUGAUUUUAACUCCAUAUGUAAACAUUGUAAAUUUGUAUUUCUGCAAAAGGAUUUAAUUGUUUAUAAUGUAACCUUGUCUGGGUCUUUGACUGGGCAGAGACCUGUAUUACUAUAAUAUGCCCCUGUCUAUAAACAGCAGGGGGCCACUGCAACUUCUCAAGACCCAUUUAGAAUAAGAAGAGGUUGUUUCCUGAACACUCUUGCAGAAGAAAACAAAAGUUCACCUGGUACCCAUGUAAGCUUAAUGACUACUGCGGUUUUGCUCUUUUUCGUUUUGUUAAUAUUGAUUUGUAAUAAUGUUAUUGGCAACAAUGACCGUACCAUUCCCCUUAUUUGAUGGCACCUCUUCACUUCAAUGGACAUGACAACAAUGGCAUAGACACGGCUGUUUUUCUGGCAUUCCAGAGGUUUGGCUCUAUUCAUAUCCAUCACUCCAACCGGACGAACCUCAGUGAGGCUAUGCAGUGAAGACUCAGUCUUGUGGAGUUUUGUUGUUCUGAAGAAAAAACGAGUCUUAAGAGCUCAAACGGUGUCCUCACCUGCUUAGUUCUCGUAGCUGCUUCUCUUCCCAACCACCACUUCGCCGAUCCUGCGGUCUGGGAAGAAAAGCGACCUUCACCUUGUGACUUUUCCUCGACCUCGCGGCUGCUUUAAGGCAAAAAAAAAAACAACAAAAAAAAAGGAAAGAAAGAAAGAAAAAAAACUGCAGCCAGAGUUACAAAUUCACAGCAAUAGUCUUGACCGUGUACCUUCUGGCUUCACACCUGGGAAGUUCAACUGGAGUCGGUUCCAUUUCCAGAGUAUUUGUUCAGGUUUGAUAAACAUUUGUUCAGAUUUGCCACAGGAGGGACCCGGCUCUAUCUGUCACCACCACCACCUCUGGUUGCUUUUCAUAACCACUCGCAGCGCUGCUGCCCCCCCCCCCCCCCCCUCAGUGUGCUGGGUCUUUGAUGUAAUGUGAAUAAUAUGCAGAGUAACUGUGGAGCAUUCCCAAUUAAUGCCGUUACACGUUUGUUGUGGGUGUGCUAUUGUGUGGUUACUUGUUUUUGAGUAUAUUGUCCUGAAAACCAGCAUAGAAAGCUUAGUUAUGCUAAUUCACACCGUCAUUCCUGGUGUUUUUGAGUUCAUUUAGAACCCCCUCAGCGAUACUAGCCUCAGUCACCACACCGAUAGCUACAAAACAGGUAGAGGCGAGUGUCGGAACAUGCGGCUUGUUCAAGUUCAGCACACGCCCUGGCAUUUGUUUGAACUUGUUACCCUCCUUUCUUCUUUUCCACCACAAGCAAAACUCUUACCACGACUCUGGACCAUCAGCAUGGUUGUUAGCUGUUGUGAUGCCAUUGGUAAGGUUACUACUUCAUUCUGGUCACAUCGUCGAGCCCGCCCCUGCAUUCUCUGGAGAAGCAAACUCAGGAAUACAUACUGCACACGUGCUAAGGAUUGCUUCAGAAUCAGUAUCGUCAUAGAAAUUAAAGAUUUAAACGUGUCAAUCUUAUUUUCGUGGUGGGGGGGGAGGGCGUGUUACAAAGAAAAAUGAAGCCCCCUGUUUUACCGGUGGACAUGGCAGUGUGUUGGGCGGUCGAGUUGCACACACUUUAGGGUUUUCUGAAUGCCGUCGCGGUUGAUGAGUAAUCAGACAGUGUGGAGUAAGGAUUUGCUCCCACCCUCCGAUUAUCCAUGUGCUUGACCCGGGGUUCAGAACACAUCUGCCCCUGUCUCUUUGAUAUUGCUGUAUUUUGCAUGUCAAUAUAUCAAUGGGUGUUUUUCCCCCCUAAGCUACCGAACGGCGCCGAGUGGUUGGGUUGGGUGGCUGGAAAGAAAAGACUUAGAUGUAUCCAUUUUUAUUUUAUUUUUUUCUUGGAAUUGUUUACUUGUGGUUUUUCCGGCAUCAGCGCGCGGGACAAUUUCUCCCCGCGCGUUGUCUCCUGAACCACGUUCAGAUUCUAUACGAGACCCAAGGACUCGGACGACAUCACACCUGCUCGGAUCACCCUCAAAGUGUGCCAGGCCUUUUUCCGACAACAGUAGCCGUUCAGAUUUGCGUGCCAUCAGAGCAGAUGCAAAGCCUACAUCUUUUAGCCGGGCCCCUUCGGAAUAAUGGUGUUCUCAAGUCUGCUGUGCACUGAAUGACGGCGUCUUCUCACAACAGUACGAGUCUAAUUAACAACAAUCCUUCUCCGCUCCGGCGAGCGACGACGCGUCGGCCUGAGGUCUGAACUCGCCCGUUUCUGGGUUCUUCACCUUGCUUCAUUAACAGCGUUUGGCCGGGUUAUAAAAAGUUAUGCACUGUUAGCAUGCUUUGGUUUGGUUUCCUCUUUUUUUUUUUCUUCUUUUUUUUCUUUUUAACAUUGCAAGGGUGAUUUUGACCAUGUAAAGUAAUUUGUAAACUUGCAUCAAGUUUAUGAAUAAAGAAUUUUAUGAAAUA